AUGGAGGUCCCCGGCCGUGGGCCCCGAGCCGAGGCUCCCUGGAAGCGGCUCUCUGCAGAGGAAUUGGAGCGUCAGUACUGCCCCAGCAGAUGGGUCAUCAGACGGGGAGCGGAAGAAACCCUGAAAAUGUACUCACACCUAGGAGACAAGGCCACCAAGAAGGCCCGGGCCACCAGGAAGAGCCUGCUGCAUGUCCCCUACGGGGAUGGCGAAGGGGAGAAACUGGACAUCUACUUUCCUGGAGAAGUGGCUGCUGAAGCCUUGCCUUUCUGUCUGUUCCUUCACGGAGGGUACUGGCAGAGUGGAAGUAAGGACAUGUCAGCCUUCAUGGUCGACCCACUGACGGCACGGGGAGUGGCCGUGGUAGUCGUGGCUUAUGACAUUGCACCCAAAGGAACCCUGGACCAGAUGAUAAACCAGGUGACUCGGAGCGUCGUGUUUGUGCAGAAGAAAUAUCCGUGCAAUGAGGGACUUUACCUUUGUGGACACUCAGCAGGGGCCCACCUGGCUGCCAUGAUGCUCCUGGCCAACUGGACCAAGCAUGGAGUCACACCCAACCUCAAAGGUUUUUUCCUGGUAAGUGGGAUCUAUGACCUGGAGCCCAUCGUGCACACCACUCAGAACGCCCCUCUCCUCCUGACCCCGGAGGACGCUCGGAGGAACAGCCCCCAGCUGCUCCUGGAGGCAGCCUUGACUCGGCCCUCGGGUCCAGCCUGCCACAUGCUGGUGACUGUGGGCCAACACGACUCCCCUGAAUUCCACCGACAGUCUAGGGAGAUUUUUCAGACGCUGCGCCGGGGAGGGUGGGAUGCCUCAUUUGAAGAAAUCCAUAACGUGGAUCACUUUGAAAUCAUUUGGAGCCUAACCCAGCAGGACUCUGUGCUCACCCAGAUGAUUUUGAGCACAAUCUUUCGGGAGCUCUAACCCCGCUGGAGUGUGGCCCCUGCCACCGAUGAUGAAGGUCCUCC